ACACACAAUGCCACAUAGACUCCCAGCAAAGACCUCCUCUCUUCCAAACUCUCAAAGCUCCACACACUCCCACAAGCAUUCAACACUACAGGAAGAAACACCAGCUUCUUUUAAUCUCUCACACACACACACACCCUGAAACCCUGAGCGGGGAGAGAGAGAGAGCGAGAGAGAGAGAGAGAGAGAGAGAGAGAGAGAGAAGGAUGGACAGAAGAGAGGACACAUUUAUGGGAAAAGAAAAGUGAGAACUGAGAGACAAAGGAGACAAGAAGAGCAGAGGAGAGGAGAACGAGGUGGAGAGAAACAGUCCAGAGGUCACUGGCGACGUUGGGAGAACUCAGAGAAGAAGACAGAGGGUGAAGGAUGACACCAGCGCUUGUGCUGUUGCUGGGGCUGGUGGGGGCUUUGGCUGCGGUGGAGCUCGGCUCGGUGUCUGGGCCGUGCUCCUUCAGCAGGGACUGUUCCUUCCUGUGCGUCGGGGGCAAAGUAACACAGCUGCCUUCAGCCCUCCCCAAAAACACCAGCCAGCUGGGACUAAAGCAAACCAACUUGAGAGAACUUCUUCAAGGUGCCUUCAGAGGUCUGAAUGAGCUCAGCAAAGUUUGGAUGAUAGAGAACGUUGUGUUGAAGAAAAUAGGGGCUUCUGCCUUUGCUGACCUCCCAAAGCUGACAGAGAUAAUCAUAACCAAGUCGAAAGACCUGGCAGUCAUCUCUAAGAAGGCCUUCAAGGGACUGCCUAAGCUACAAUACCUGGAAAUCUCCAAUACUGGGCUGACUGUUAUUCCAGACUUCAGCCAGAUCUUCUCUUCAGCUCCUCGCUUCGUUCUUGACUUGCAGGACAACAUACACAUAAAGAGGAUCCCCAGAAACGCCUUCCGAGGCCUCUGCACCGACAACAUAGAGGAAGUGCGUCUGGCCAGGAAUGGACUACGGGAGGUGGACAGUCACGCUUUCAACGGCACCAGGGUGGACAAACUCUCUCUCAUGGGGAACCCACAGCUCUCUCAUAUCCAUGGCAACGCCUUCACAGGAGCGGUGGGGCCGGUGUCUCUCUUCAUCUCCCACACAGCAGUGAGCUCUCUCCCUGAGUCCAUCCUGUGGGGCAUCCAGGUGCUGUCAGCUGAGUCUGUGUUCACCCUUAAGGAGCUCCCCUCCCCUGAGCACUUCCCCCGGCUGUGGGAGGCCAGCCUCACCUACCCCUACCACUGCUGUGCCUUCAAACAAGAGCCCAGGAACUGGUCCCGUAUGAACCCCCUGUGUCAGAACCUCACGAUCAAGGAGGAGCCCCACUUCCACAGAGACCACUGUCACAACUCAACAGCAGUCAGCUGUAGCCCCGCCCCUGACGUCUUCAGCCCCUGUGAGGACAUCAUGGGCGGGAUGGCGCUCCGGGUCCUCAUCUGGCUCGUCUCCAUGCUCACGCUGCUCGGCAACACAGCUGUGCUGCUCGUGUUGCUAGGCAGCCGGACGAAGUUGACCGUUCCUCGUUUCCUGAUGUGCCACCUGGCAUUCGCUGACCUCUGCAUGGGAGUGUACCUGAUCGUCAUAGCAACGGUGGACAUCCGUACGCGCGGGAAGUACUACAACCACGCCAUAGACUGGCAGACUGGCUUUGGCUGCAGCGCUGCAGGCUUCUUCACGGUGUUUGCCAGUGAGCUAUCUGUGUUCACGUUAACCGCCAUCACCGUGGAGCGCUGGCACACCAUCACAUACGCCUUGCGGUUGGACCGCAAGCUACGCCUCCAACACGUGUGUGUCGUCAUGGCGGUGGGGUGGGUGUUCUCCUUGGUGGCUGCGGUGAUGCCGGCGCUGGGAAUUAGCAGCUACAGCAAGGUGAGUAUCUGCCUUCCCAUGGAUGUAGAGACAGCCCAGUCCCAGGUGUACGUGGUGUUCCUCCUCCUGCUGAAUGUGCUGGCCUUCCUAUGCGUGUGUUCCUGCUAUCUGGGGAUCUAUCUGACCGUGCGCAACCCGUGCUCCACCCUGGCCCGCAGCUACGCCCGUGUGGCCCAGCGCAUGGCCGUGCUGGUCUUCACAGACUUCCUCUGCAUGGCGCCCAUCUCCUUCUUCGCCAUCUCGGCUGCCCUUAAGCUGCCUCUCAUCACCGUCUCCCAUUCCAAGGUCUUGCUGGUCCUCUUUUACCCAAUCAACUCCUGCAUCAACCCCUUCCUGUACGCCUUUUGCACGCGCAACUUCCGACAGGACUUCUUUCUGCUGGCCGCACGCUUCGGACUGUGUACGACCCGAGCGCAGAUCUACCGGACGGAAAGUUGCUCCAUCCAGCAACCAGCCUGGAUUCCCUCGUCCAGAACCAGCCAAGGAACACUCUAUUCGCUGGUCACGAUUAGCCAUGGCCACUAGCUGGUCUCUCGUCUGCCUUCCAAAGCAGGCCAUUCUGUUGGUCUCAAGCUAUGAGACAUGGAUAAAAAACGUUGAUGAGGUCACUGCACAAGGCUAGAAAGAACCUAAGCUUUGAUGGCCCUGAUGCUUUUCAACCGUUGUAUUUUAUAUUUGUAGUUUUAUUCCAUUUUAUGAUGCAGAUAUUAAUACACACGUACAAAUGCGUAAUACAAAGAAAUUAACACUCAUACUCAAAACAAAGUCCUUGUCUCUUAUAUUCUGUAAACGUCUGUAAACGAAAAAUGAAUUCAACACCAAUACAUGCAACAAAAAACACCAGCUGACAAACACAUACUCUCUUGAGUAUUGUAGUUUAGAAUAUGUUAUCAGAACUUUCUGUCCUUCAGCACACCCAGUUUAUUCAAGGACAGAGUGACUCCACCUCACCGCCCGUUUUGAGUUUGGGAGGAGAGGUUACACAGCUGUGCUAUGCCCUCAUAAGGGGAGGAUGGAUAUGGCUGGCACAUGGGCCUCUCACACACACACACACACACUGGGAUCUCAAGGCUCCAGGUGCAAGACAGGAACUGUAUCCUACCUUUGAACCCACUCUGUUUGGAGAGCCAUGUAGCCCUGGUUCUUCUCCCUACCCCUCGAUCCCAACAAGAAUCGGGACACCCGACCCGUAUGCGUGGACGCCCCAAAAUGGUAGGGGCAAGGGUGUGUUGGGAUUGGGCCUUUUUCCACUUGUCAAUGAAAAAAAAAAAAAACCUUACACACAGCCAAAUGCAGGAUUUGAAAAA